AUGUUUUGAGUACACCACCUGCUCUAAAUUCAGUCAUUUAAUUUCACAACUUAGGAGGAAACGUAUUUUCAGUGUUUUGAAUGCUCAUGGUUUCACUGUGCUAUCAUUCAUAUUACUUCUUUCUGGAAUGCCAUGCCACCUCUUCCCUCUGCAAUUCACCAUAAAACAUAGACUUGAUCUCAUAAGAAUUAGUUCCAGAUUCACCUCUGUGAAGUUUACCCUUUACAAUUUUUCUCCUCCCCAUUGAUGCCCACAGGGUAUACAUUUAUAUAUACUUACUUGACAUGUAUAAAUCUGUUGUUCUCUUGUGCACUUACAUCUCUCUCUUUGCAAGCUAGUGUGUUCCUUCAGGGUAGAAGUGAGACUUAUUUAUAAAGAAAUGCUUGAUAUAUUGUCUGACAUAUAGGUGCAUACACACAGGUUGUGUGGGUUCCUAGAUUAAAGGACUUAAGCAUGUUCUCUAUUCUACUCCUUUUUUUGUGAAUGGAUGAACAUGUGAGUCAGUGAAUGAUUGGAUGGAAGCACAAAGAUAGGAUAUUUUAAGUAAAAAAAAUUGGUUUUCCUACAAAGUAUAAUGCAAAACUAGUUACAUACAAAGAAGUCAAAUAGCUUACCAUGGGAAAAGUAAUAAGAAUUUCCUAUUUAUCUUCCUAGUAUGAACCAAUGAUGAUCCCUUUAGGAUGAAUAGGAAUGUUCUAUUACAGGGCUCACUAUCAUUCAAGGAUGUGGCUGUGGUUUUCACCUGGGAGGAGUGGCAGCUACUGGACCGUGUUCAGAAGAACCUGUAUCAAGAUGUGAUGUUGGAAAAUUAUAUCAACUUGGUAUCAGUGGGGUAUCAAGUUACCAAAACAGAUGCAUUCUACCGGUUGGAACAAGAAACACCAUGGAUAAUAGAGGAAGAAAGCCAGAGUCAGAUUCACCCAGAAGACACAUGGCAAGUUGAUAAUCAUAGAGACUGGCACAAAGGAAGCCAUGGCAACCUGGAAACUAUGGAGAGUUACCACAAAGAUAAUGCGUUUGGAAAAAUAUCUUCUCUGAGCUUAAACCUUGAUAUCUCCUUAGCACAAAGAUCUCAUACACUUGACAUACUUGGGAAACAUUUGAAACCUAAUCUAGAGUGUAUUACUCAGAAUAAAAGCUAUGCAAGAAAUGAAGUUGAAUUUAUUCAAUAUGACAAAUUAUUUCUUUACACUAAGCAUGAGAAAAUUCAUACUGGACAAAAAUACAAUGAAUAUAAUCAACAUAUGAAAGUUUUCAGCCAUAAGUCACAGCUUAUUAAAUACUGGAAAACUCAAACAGCAAAGAAACACUAUAACUGCAGUGACUGUGGGAAAGCCUUUUCUCAGAAGUCGGACCUCAUUAAGCAUCAAAGAACACACACAGGAGAGAAAUCCUUUGGAUGCAGUAGAUGUCAGAAAGCCUUCAGGCGGAAGUCCCAUCUCAUUUUACACCAGAGAACCCAUACAGGAGAGAAACCCUAUGAGUGCAACAAAUGCGGGAAAGCCUUUACUGAUAAGUCAUGCCUUAAUAAACAUCAGAGAACUCACACAAGAGAGAAAUGGUUUGAGUGUCAUGUAUGUCAGAAAGGCUUCAGCGAUAAGUCACAACUCACUUUACAUCAAAGAACUCACACAGAAGAGAAACCCUACAGAUGUGAAGAAUGUCAGAAAAGCUUCAGCAAUAAGUCACAGCUCAUUAUUCAUCAGCGAUCUCACACAGGAGAGAAACCUUAUGGUUGCAGUGAGUGUGGGAAAACAUUUCCCCUUAAGUUUAACCUCAUUUUACAUCAAAAAACACAUACAGGGGAAAAACCUUAUGGAUGCAGUGAAUGUGGGAAAGCCUUCAUCCAGAGAUCUGAGCUCAUUAGACAUCAGAGAACUCACACAGGAGAGAAACCAUAUAAUUGCAGUGACUGUGGAAAAGGCUUUAGUGUAAAGUCAAUACUCACUUGAGAACUCACACAGGAGAGAAGCCCUACGGAUGCAGUGAAUGUGGAAAAACAUUCUCCAUCAAAUUUAGUCUCAUCCUACACCAAAGAACUCAUACAGGUGAGAAACCCUAUGAAUGCAGUCAGUGUCAGAAAGCUUUCACCCAAAAGUCAC